GUUCAGUCAAUUUCAAAAAUUAUUUUUGCGCCAUAAAAUCUUUAUGAUAUAUAACAUUUUUUUUUAUUCUAACUGUUAUUACAAUUAUUAUUCCCUAGAUAAACAGUUCAACCAACUGUAAGAGCCAAGUGGUUUAUCGUGUUUGGUAAAAUUAUUCGCUAUGACCGACGAUGAUGUUACAAUCAUGGAGGUGGAUGAAGCCGAACCUAAACCAUCAAAGAUUAAUAAACCUACCACAAAAAACACGUCUCACUUGCCUUGGAUAGAGAAGUACAGGCCUCAAGUUUUUACUGACAUAGUUGGCAAUGAAGACACUGUGUCUCGUCUGGCUGUAUUUGCACGGAGCGGCAAUGCGCCGAAUAUCAUUAUUGCGGGCCCUCCCGGCGUUGGUAAAACAACUACAAUUUUGUGCUUAGCUCGGGCAUUGCUGGGUCCUGCCUUCAAGGACGCAGUGUUGGAGCUAAACGCAUCUAAUGAUAGAGGUAUAGAUGUCGUUCGUAAUAAAAUCAAGAUGUUUGCACAACAAAAAGUAACUCUACCAGCUGGGAUGCACAAGAUUGUGAUUCUGGACGAAGCAGACAGUAUGACAGAUGGCGCACAGCAGGCUUUGCGAAGAACUAUGGAGUUGUAUUCCAGUACAACAAGAUUUGCUCUGGCAGCCAACAACAGUGAGAAGAUAAUUGAACCUAUUCAGUCUCGCUGUGCAGUACUGCGAUAUAGCAAACUCACUGAUGCUCAAAUACUGGCCAAGAUUCUAGAAGUUUGCAAGAAAGAGAACCUAUCAUACACCGAAGAGGGUGUGAGUGCAGUGGUGUUCACAGCACAGGGUGACCUUCGCUCGGCACUCAAUAACCUGCAGUCCACUGCGCAGGGCUUCGGCCACAUCAGUCCAGAUAAUGUGUUCAAAGUGUGUGACGAGCCGCACCCUAUGCUUGUCAAGAAUAUGUUGGAAUCUUGUCUCAAGCAGGAUAUACACGCUGCUUACAAGGUAAUAGCCAAUCUGUGCAAGUUAGGCUACGCGGCGGAGGACAUAGUGAGCAACAUAUUCCGCGUGGUGAAGACACUGGACGCCCCGGAGGAGACCCGCCUGGCGUGGGUGCGGGAGCUGGGGCUCACGCACAUGCGCGUGGCGGACGGGCUCGCCGCGCCGCUGCAGCUGGCGGCCUUGUUGGCCAGGCUGUGUCGCGCUGCGGACCCCGCCAGCGCCAAGGAUGAUCCGUGCUGGUGAUGACAUUAUUUCAUGGCCGUAGUUUCAUUUACCUUCUACUACUACUACUCAUCUUUAUUGUUUAAACAUUUACCAGUCUCCUGGUAAAUGUUUAAACAAUAAAGAUGAGUCAUGAGUGAUGAAGUGUCUGGAUUCCAUUGAGGUGCUCAAUGCAAAUGACUUUUUAUGGUGUACUCAUAUGCAGGGUUUCAUAUCUAAAAUUAAGAUAUUAUGUUUCCCUAUUACCAUUCUUUUUACUUAAACAUUAACAUUGAAAUCAUUGUAAUCCAAGGUUUACCUUUUUUUUACUACUAGCUUUUCCCAGGCCCAACACACACACACAGACUUUUGGCAUAUAUAUGUAUGGAUGUUAUGUUGAACCUUUAUAUUAAUUCCUUUAAAAUCUAUUAAAAUAUUUACCUGCUGUGUCAAACAAACCGUGUGAUAUUGUCAAGUAUUUAAAUUAUAUU